CCCCUCCUUCAUUAAUUGUAAGAUGACUUUUUUAUUUUUUAUUACUUAGUUAAAUAAGUGUAAAGCUCUAAAUUUGGCAUUUUAUUUUUCAGUUUGUGCUUCUAAAGUUUGAAGAAGAUGAAAGUCUGGAGGUAGCUAAAAGAAAUUGGCUUCGUUUAAAUGAAGAGAGCAUGCAAUUUGAGUGUAAAUGGCCAAAAGAUCUCCUGACUGAAAAACAGCUUGUGUCUCUAAUAACAAAACCAGAUGGUCCCACAGAUGGGUGGGAAUUUCACCCUUGUGAAAUUAUUAAUUCUUAUGACAAUUAUCUAGAUGCCCACUUAGGACGGAAAUGUAGACUUACCAAUCCUACUUAUGAAACAGAAAAGGAACUUGGAACUGGGCGUAGAAAGAAGAAGAAGAAUACAAAAUUCCAUGAUAAGAGUGAUGAGGAGGAACCUAAGAAAAAGAAGGUGAAAACCAGUGUGCCUGAGCAGCGUAUUCCCUCUCCACCUGCAAUAGUUCUGGCAACCAAACAAGAUUGUCAAGUGUCCAGUGCUAAAGCCCCUGUUCUGGUCUCACAAAGCACCGUCAACAUCCGCCUAACAGAAAACAAGAAAACUUUCAACGUGUGCAGAAAAAAUAGAGGUUCAAAAGCCGAAAAUCUCGAUGAUCUGAAGAAAAUUAUGGAUGAAAAAUUAAAAUCUGGAAAGACUGUAUCUGCCAAGAAAAUGAGCACUACACUAUCUGUAAAGGAUGUGCCCCAUUCUAGUAAAGACAAAAGGAAGUCUGAUAGUGAAGAAGAUGGAGAUGAAUUUUCUGAUAGUGAUGAAGAUAAAUCUUCUGAUACUAGAGAUAGAUGAAGAUAAAUCUUCGGAUACUAAUAGAGAUAAAGAUAAAUCUUCUGAUAGUGAUAGUAGUUUGGAUGGCCCAAACUUAAGGAAACAGGAUGGUAAAAAAUCAAAUAUUUUUGACACUGAUACUUGUUCUGAAGAUUCAGCUGAGAAAACUCCUCAGUCAGCCUCAAAGGAAGACGACCAGGUCAGAUCACUGUCACCACCUACUGAUGCCGUGGGAGACAACCUCAGCUCCUUUGGGAGCUCACCACCUGCUGCUACCAGUCAAAACGGUAUUGCUGAGAACAUUACUGAUGCUAUCCAUCUAGCUAGAAGGACACCACCUGCUGCUA